AUGUUACUUGUUUGUAUUACAGUGUUGGCAAUAAAUGUAAAAAACUGCUUAGCUCAUGUCGACGGUGCUAAGCUUAAAGAAGAGUGCCAAAUAGCAGACAUUUGCCGACACGAUCAAGUCCCAAUUUGCGGAAUCGACUCGUGCGGUGAAAUGCGCACUUUUAUUGACACGUGCGACAUGCAUGAGUUUAAUUGCGAUACCAGAAAAGAUUUUGUUCAAAAACCUGUUCACGAAUGCUGGGUGACCUGCAAACGGGGAAGAAGCUUCAAGAAACCAGCCUAUGGAGAUGGUUGUGAAUUAGAAAAUUCUGUAAUCUAG